AUGAUUCUUGCCUACUUCUGUUCUUCAGUAGAGGUUAAUCUCAACUUCUCUAAACACCAUCGUCAAACCUGUACCCGCCUACUUGCCAACCUUGCUGCCCGCCUCAACAACAACGACACGCCCCUCCAGGCCGCGUAUACACUCGCCUGCAUGGAGUAUGACCGUCACGCUACCCUAGGCCCACAAUUUGACCCCGCAAACCUUACAAAGCAUAUGUUGCGCUUCGCCUGGCACUUUAAACAGCAUCCUGAACACUUCAUCGUCCUUGGUCCGAAGCGCACGGAUGCCUUCAAGGUCAACACAACUCAAUACCUGGCUCAAGUCCGCAACAGUCCCCACUGGGAUAAAACUAGGCUGGAUACACAGGCGCUCUUCGACUUCUCCUUCAAGGGUGCAGCCGCUGAUGAACCGUCUGCAUCGGUAUCUAGCCUUUCGGAGCUUCCCACCUUCUACUACGAGUCCUCGCGCAUACAUGAGCACUGUAGAGGCAACGCUCUACUACAAGGUCUCGUGGCUGCUAUGCCUGGUGUCCGCAACAUCGGUUCGCAUGUGGAAGUAUUCGACAUUGGCGAUUUGAGCGACUUCAAAGUCAUGAACUUAGAGGAGCCGGAUCAAUCAUACGAGGACGAGGUUGACGAGAUGACGGCCAGGGAUGAUGAUGCCAUGGAGGUUGACGAGGAUCUUUGUAUCAUUGAUGGCGCUGAUCUGAACCUGUGGAUCAGCAAACGUGAUGGACCAGACCUGUAG